UGGUGGUGGUGGUGGUGGUAGAUUUAGAUUGAAGAAGAGGGUGGUUGGCAUGAGUGCGGGUGCGCAACUGCAUGCGCCGCUGCAGCAACGCAAUAGUACCGGCGCCCACCGUUCUUCUACGCCUCGGCGCCACAGUCUCUCUCUCCGCAUGUCCGGAGCCGGCUGAAUCCGACGUUCCUUAUUAUCGUCGUAGGUCCACCUAUCGUCUACGUUACUCGUGCAAAAUGGUGCUUGCGGAUGCAACGCUGACGGAUAACCAUCACCGUCAGCGAGGAUUCGCAACAAAUGGCAACAACCCGGAAGGCAUCACGAUAUGCAAUCUGAUAGACGGAGAAACUCUGACCUACAGUUUGGCCCUUAUACGUGGCCGAGCACCCUUAGCGUGCAACUAUAUUACCGUACGAGCUCAAAAGAAUGUGAUAUCAGAAUGGCCAGUCAUUGGUGGGGAAUUUCGCGUGUUAGUUGAUCUCCCACGUGGAUCAAACAAAUUGGAACUUGAAGCAGGAGGACACAAAAAACGAUUGACACUAUUACAUGAGCCAAGAACGACUAGGCUACGAGUGACGCCGGUAUACGUGGUAUGCGCGGGCCACGAUGGUUAUUUUCAAGGUCCACGAAGGGAGGAUAGAUCACCGGAAAGCGCGGCAACCAGAAUAGGUUUGGGUGCUAGAUUACUACAGACACUAACGGCUGAGAAAUUGCGAGAAGCUGGACACGGAAGAAAGACAUUUCAAUUGGAACGUGAUUUGGAUGGUCCGGAAUGCUUGGUGAUGCACAGUAUGCUUCACGUGGACAGAGCACGAGCUAUGUCGCAACGAGAAUUAUGGGAGCUGAUAGCACGCGAACUGAUGACCGGUCCAUUAGCAUCGAAGGACCGGAAAUACCUAGCUUUCUUAUCCUGCACGAGGUAUCGCGGUGCACCGAGUCCCCGUACUCACGAAGAUACUUUAGCGAGAACGCAAGGUCAUGCUGCUUUGGGUGGUGGUGGUUUAGCACUUUUCGGUUCGGCUUGCUUGCAUACGUGGCCUACUUGCAUGGCCCAAGUAUUACCCCGAUUUCUAGACGCUACGGUCGUUGACACCGAACAAUUGAUGGAUGACAGCAAUUAUCGUGGCACCCAUGGUGGUUGUUUGGCGACUACCCUUGGAUCUGUCUUACACGAGCUCGGCCACACGUUCGAUCUCGGACACACUAGAGAAGGUAUCAUGGGACGUGGUUUCGAUUACGUCGACAGGGUUUUCGUUGGUGCAGCUGGAAUCGAUUUUAAUCGGAAUCCGAUCAGGAGAGAUCCCCAACACACGACAGUUGCUCUUAGUAGACCUCUCAGCGUCACCGUCACUGUACAAGAACCGGUACUGGCCAGUCCCCGAAGAGGUAGACUUUUAUCUGAAACCUCUAGGCCAACGCAAACGCAAUCGACAAACGCAAGACAACUUCCUGGUAGGCUAUCCGCUCCAGCUAGUCCUGAACUAAAUAGAUCCUUUUCGAAAACCUUGAACGCAACCGAACCACCCUCCCAACCGGACAGAACUUUUUGGGGACCCUCUUGUGCUGCAUUGCUCGCUUAUCAUCGAUGGUUUAACACCGAAGUUGACAAUCAUUCUAACAGACGUCACAACGACAUCGAAUACGAUGGUAAAAGGAACGUCGCACGUUCACGAUACGGUAUACGAGUGAUCGAACUGAGAGAAACAUCCGGUGGUAUGGUCGUUGGUUCUCGUCAAUUUCCUGGAAACCGACCACCUAUAGAAGCAUUAGUACCACUACCCCCUCCUCACUGCCUGGCGGCUUUAACUCUAAUCGCUGAGGAUUCCACGGGAAACAUACUCAAACAUGAACUUCCAACUGCCUUCUGAAGGUUAUUGCAAUUUUCACGACCGAUCUAAUCACCUUUCCUUGCCUUACGAGCCAAAGAAGAUUUAAAAAUGAAGAUUUGUUUGAAACUACUCAGGAUUCAUUUUAAAGCCGCUAAACUAUCACCGAUUGAUCGGUCCCGGACAAUGCGGUACCGCGACAAAAAAAUGCUUCCUAGUAAAAAGCACAUUUUUCUCGCGGCAAUUAGACACCCUAUUAUUAUCCUAAUAAUAAUAAUCUAAUGCGUAUACACCUUAAACACCUGUACUCUCGCUCUCUUUUUCUUAUUCUCUCGGGUAACUUAAGUUCUUUUUUAUAGCACAAGAAUCUUUGAUUCGUGUUAAAGGUAAAAUAUCGUAACUGCCAUCUCUCCUAAUCACUUUCAUCGCUUUCCAAAUGAAUAUUAUUCUUCUCUCAUUGAGAUAGAUUUAAACACGAUACCUGGAAAUACAGGGUGUCAUGUAAUUGAUCGUAUAAGCGAUCAAAGAAUUACAAGACAUCCUGUAUAUCAUUCGUAUAUUCAAAUAAAUAUAAAAAAGAAAACAGUUACCCUUAAUGGGAGGAGGAAAAAAUGCUCAAAAUAAUAAAUCCAUUUUUAAAAUUAAUCAAAAAAAAAAAAAAAAUAAAAAGAAACGUGUGCUUCUAUAGGUCAGUAUAUAAGCAAAAAAAGAUAAAAAGUACCACCGUGUAAUAAAUUGAUAACGAAUAAUUGUAAUCGUUAACAUAAAAUAGAUAACAGGGAUUUUCUACGACCUAAGUAAAAUUCCAUUUCUAGUCGACGAACAAAAAUAAAUAAUACAAUAGAUCUCGUUCUAGUACGAUAAUGUAUCUUAUAUUCGCGUGUUCUUUUCUUUUUUUUAUCAAUUAACAAGAAAUAUGCGAUACCUAAAAGGAUUUGUUUCAUGCACAUUUCAUCUAUCUGGAGUGUAUUAAGAAAAUGAAAAAAUAAUUAUCGUGAUCUUUUAUUAGAACAUUGGAAUAUGUUACACUAAUAAAUUUGUGCACAAAAAUUAAUUAAAAAAAAGAAAAGAACAAAAAAUUGAAAAAGACAGUAUACACGCGCGCGUAAGUUCGCGGGUGCGAAUUUAAACGUGUAAAUAAUAAUAAUAAUAAUAAUAAUAAUAUUAAUAUAAUAGUAAUGAAAAGACGAAUAAUUAAGGGAUUAAGUAAUUUAAGUAUUUAAAGUAAUGAAAUAUAAUAUUUGCGUUUUAAAUGUAGUCUCAGCGUAAUAAUAUCUUUUAAAACGUUAUAUCGAAACGCAAUAGCGUGUAUAUUGUAUUACGUAUGUAUAUGUACAGUAUUAUUCCUGAAAUUAUUUUAAUAAUCAUAGAAACUAGCGCCGGAUAUGAAAAGAAUAUUUAUCAAUAAGGACAAUAUUGUAAAACGCCGAUUUUUCAGCAAAGAUUUACCAAUGAGAAGCAUCCAUUUAAUUAAAAGAGAUGAAAACUAAUUUACGGAAGUAUAUAUGAUGAUAAUAAUAAUUUAGACGAGAAACCCCAUUUUUAACGACAAAGCAUUAAGCUAGUCAGUAAGGAUAACGAAAA